UAUUAGUCAUUAGUCAAUAAGUCGCACGGGUGAACUGGGAAAUAAUAAUUGCCGCUUUAAGACAAUGCGAUCACCUCGCCAAAUAUAAAAGAAAAAAGGUUCAAUACGGAAGGCAAAUUUUUGUUUCAAGACAAUGUAACUAAUGAAUCUUUGAAUUGAUUGGAGCGUAUUACGACCCACGCAUUCUUAGCCCCUGCAUUGUCCCAGAGUGGCGAACGCAGCGCUUAUCAGUAAGUUAUACUUAUAAAAGUUCUUGGUUAAUAAGAUUAUGUUCAAAAAUGGUAUUUAAAAAAUCAAAAGAAAAAGAAUUGUAUGUUGACAAUAUUAUAAUUUUCCAGCUUAACAAUAACUGUUAGGAGAGGAAUCACAUAUUAAAUAACGCGACCUAUUAAAAAUUGGAGUUGAGUACAAAUUUUAUACUGAACCUUCCUAAUAUUACCGAGACUCAUACGCACUAACUACACCAAAUCUUAAAACAAUAGGAAUCUUUUUUGUCUAUUAUUGACCGCACUAUGAAACUGCAAAAGAUUUCUAUCUACAAUGUAAAGAAGAAGAAGUGAUCCAUUCAGGGUCUCUGAAUAUACGUAUUUUCUAUGGCAUUGACCAAUUAAAUUUAUGGCAUUUUAUACGCAGAAGUGUGUUUAUUUUUCGAGUGAUUGAUAGCUAUUGAUAGGUAUUCUUUAUAAUAAUUAUAUGAUCUAUAUGGUAUUUGCUUUAAAUAUGAAGUGAGUCCAUCAUUUCGAUAAUUAGCUUCAUUUCUACAUAGAGGUCCAAUUUAGCAAGCAGAAAAAUCUUCGUAUGCUUCAUUUGGCAGACUUGGAACGUAAUGUGCGUGUUGUGUGCGUGAAACGUUUUUGGGUUCUAUUUAGACUUUUUAGCAGUUUAUUUUAAACUUAAACACUAAAGUGAUUAAGCAAUGCCUGCUGCUAAACAACGAAAAAUCGCGGUGAUGGGUUACAGAUCCGUGGGUAAAUCGUCUCUGAGCAUUCAGUUUAUCGAAGGACAGUUUGUAGAUUCAUAUGAUCCAACUAUUGAAAAUACUUUUACCAAAACAGUAAGAGUAAAUUCACAAGAAUAUGAGGUGAAGCUCUUAGACACUGCAGGCUUGGAUGAAUACUCAAUAUUUCCCUCACAAUAUAGUAUAGAUGUUCACGGUUAUGUUUUAGUCUAUAGCAUCAACAGCAUCAAAUCAUUCAAUGUAGUAAAGUCAAUUUAUGAUAAAUUAAUUGAUAUAACAGGCAAACUGCAUGUACCAGUAGUUUUAGUGGGUAAUAAGACCGACUUGCAUCUAGAAAGGCAAGUGUCUUCUAGUGAAGGCAAAAAGCUUGCUGAAGAAUGGAACGCUAUCUUCUUAGAGACAUCAGCAAAAGAAAAUCUUGCAGUGUCUGAUGUUUUCCAUUUGCUUUUAGUGGAAAUUGAGAAAGCAAAUGGAAAUGCCGAUGAUAAGUCGAAUUGUUCUGUAUGUUAGUGCAAGAAUUUAUAUUUAUAUAGGGAAUUUAUAUUUUAUUGUGAUUUUUGAUGAGUGCAAUGUGUUUCCCAUAAGAUAUUUAACCUCCCAUUACAAAAUGUGUAAACAAUGCCACCAUUUGCAUUACAAAUUUUCAAUCACAUUCCCAACAUUAACAGCAAAACAUCCAGCAAAAGAGGCUUAAACAUUAUCUUAUAUUUGAAGGGGCUUUUAUCUGUGAGAUAAUAUAAAUAGCUAUGAAUUGUAAAUGAACAUUAUGUACAGGGAAUAUGUAUAUAGGUAAAUUAGUAAUUGUUGAAGUCAUGUAAUAGGCCUAACAUUUUCUAUGGUUUCUUCUACUUGUUGUAAGUUGUAUAAUUGUAGUGUGUGCCUCAAUAUAUUUUUUAUUAAAUAUUGGCUUAUAAGAAUGAAAAUAUAAAUUUGUAGACAAGCUGUGGCAAAAUAUUAGACCACCCUUGUCUUUGAAUAUUGAAAAUGUUAUCAUGACAUACAUCUCCCUUAAGAAUUAUAUUCAGGAGUCUGUUUUUUUUUUUUGAAAAUAUGUAAUACAAUUAAAUGUAACAAAUUAUACUAAUAUUUAACUCAUGAAAAAUGAUCACCAAUUCCUUUUGUUAGUGGGGAUGGGGUAUAUUGGGUUUUAAAGAGUAGGGUUACCUUAGUAUUGGCCUUUAAAAAAUUGAAAAAAAAAAAUACUAAAAAAGGUUUUCAACUCCAAAUCGCUUCAUAAGGCGGCUUCUUUGCAGACAGCAUUCUCAGGAAAAACAAUUUUUUAAGGUGUUUUGCAUGUCUAUGGGGAGUUUAGUAUGUUAUAUCACUUUGUUAGGACAAUAAUAGAUAUAUUUUAUUUCAUCACAAACUUCACAAUAAUUGUUAGGUGUAUUGUUACUUAUUUUUAAUUUCUAUCGUUUAUGUUUAUUGUGUUAAUGCUACAUUUUAAUAUAUUUUUUGAUAUGGUAAAACAUUAGUUUGCCAUUAUCGUCAUAUAUUUUUUUCCAAAUAAAGAUUUCUUUUUUAAUGAACAAUAACUGGAAAAUAAAAUGCAAAUCCGGAAGCACGCAUGAUUACUGACAAAAUGUCCUGCAGUCGCAAUUGUUGUAAAACUAAAAAUGCAAAAAUUAUUUCUGUGUAUAUUUAUUAAUUUUAAUAAAAUAAUUAGACUAAUGAGUUUUUUAUUUAA